CCGCCGGUGCCGGCGGCGGUGGUUGGUGGUGGUGGUGGGGUGGCAGUGAUGGUAAGGGUGGUGGUGCUGGUCAGCUCUGGGUGAACCGGGGCGUCGCCUAGCGAGCCGCUCCAAUUUUGUCGGCACAGCGGCGCGCGACCUAUAGCAACGCGGCGUCCCCUGGCGGCGGCGGUGCUGCUGGUGCACUUUUCCCCCGCGCCAGACGAGAGCCGGCAUGCGGCCGGGUCGGUCCUGGCAGAUGUGGCUCGCCCGCUGUGCCCGAGGAAUGUCGCCGCAACGAAGGCCGCCGGACGCCGACCUGAGCAAGAGCAGCUAGGAGGAUAUGCGACGACGCGGCCCCUGGCUGCUGCUGCCAACCCUGCUGCUCCUGCUCUUCCCGCAACUGCUGCUGCUGCUGCACGCGCCGCCGCCCUGCGUCGACGCGGCGGCGGCGGCGGCGGCGGCACUUGGCCCCGAGUUGGACCUGAUCGAGGCGCUGGGCAACGGCAGCUACGCGGGCCUGGAGCCAGCCAGGGGCAUGCACCGCUGGAGCCCCGCCGUGCGCCUCUCCGCGUCCAGGACGAGGCAGGUGGCGCUGCCCGCCGAAGCGGCCCGGCACGCGGCGCACCUGCUGCUCUCCUCGGACGUCACCCUCAUGGCCGCCGUGCGCCAGGAGCCGCGCAACGUAGGCACCGUGCUGUCGCUGUGCCGCGACGGCGGCGGCUUCGUCGAGCUGCAGAGCAGCGGUCGCCGAGACGAGCUGCGCCUCCACUACGUGGCCGGCGGGGGCCGCCAGGUGGUCGAGACGUUCCCCUACCGGCUGGCCGACGGGGCCUGGCACCAGGUCGCCGUCGCCAUCAGCGGGCCCAGCGUGCAGCUGUUCGUGGACUGCAGCCGCGUCUACUCGCGCCUGCUGCGGCAGCCGCCCAAGACGGUCGCGGACGAGGGCAAGCCGUGGCAGCUGUGGCUGGGCCAGCGCAACGCGCACCACUUCCACUUCCGCGGUGAGCUGCAGGACGUGCGCAUCGUGGCGCAGCCGCAGGCCGUGCUGCUGCAGUGCCCGCAGCUCGACGCCCAGUGCCCCACCUGCGGCCAGUUCCAGGAGCUCCGCGAGGCCGUCGAGCGCCUCGAGGGAUACGUCAGCAAGCUCACGCAGCGGCUAGCCGAGGCUGAGCAGAGGAUCGCCUCGGUGGAGGAGUGCGAGUGUCAGCGCAACUGCCGCGUCAACGACACCGUGCGGCCCGACGGCGCGGUGUGGAAGCAGGACUGUGAUAUUUGCACGUGCACGCGGGGCAAGGUCGAGUGCCACCCGAUCGAGUGCCCCGCGCCGCUCUGCAAGCACCCCGUGCUCCAGCCCGGCGGGUGCUGCCCCACUUGCCUCAAGAAAUGUUUGCUGAAGCAGGUCAUCUACGAGCACGGGGAACAAGUUACGCUACAGUGCGCCCAGUGCAACUGCAGUGACGGCCAGAUGACGUGCCGUCGCAUCGACCAGAAGACGUGCCCGGCGCUCACGUGCCCCGAGUCGCAGCGUUUCAGCGUGCCCGGCGAGUGUUGCAAGUUCUGCCCGGGCGUCGACUACUGCGCCCGGGGCCACGACUGCGACCGGCACGCUUCGUGCGUCAGCCUGCAGACCAAGUACGCUUGCCAGUGCCGAUCGGGCUACGCCGGCAGCGGCCGCGUCUGCGAGGACGUCGACGAGUGCCUGAAGGAAGGCGGCUUCGACGGUCACCACUGCCAGGCGUCCAGCACGCGCUGCGCCAACACCCCGGGCAGCUACCGCUGCGACUGCCUGCCGGGCUUCUCGCGCGUCGACGCCUUCAGCUGCGCCGAGGUGGACGAGUGCGCGUCGGGACAGCACGGCUGCCACCGGCUGGCGCGGUGCAUCAACACGCCGGGCAGCUACGAGUGCCGGUGCCCCGCGGGCUACCGGGGCGACGGCCGGCGUCAGUGCGCGCCCGUGUGCUCGCGCGGCUGCCUCAACGGCGGCCGCUGCGCCGCCCCGGAGACGUGCGCGUGCCGGCGCGGUUUCGCGGGCGCCCGCUGCGAGCGGGACCUGGACGAGUGCGCCGAGGGCGUCCACGGGUGCGACGAGGAGCGCUCGCGGUGCGUGAACAUGCCCGGCUGGUUCUACUGCGAGUGUCGCGAGGGCUACGCGCCCACCGCCGCCGACGGGUCGUGCGAGGACGUGGACGAGUGCGCCCUGGCCACGCACACGUGCCACAGCACGGCCACGUGCGUCAACGAGCGCGGCUCCUUCGCGUGCGUGUGCGCCGACAACUCGAGCUGCUCGCUCAAGUGCGACCACCGUGGCGUCGAGCGCACCGACGGCGAGCGCUGGCCGGGGCCGGACCCCUGCACGCGGUGCGUCUGUCGCGCGGGCGUGGCGCGCUGCGACCGCGUGCCGUGCAGCUGCGACUCGCCCCGGGUGGACCUGCGCUGCUGCCCCGAGUGCGACCGGGCCGGCUCGUGCGAGCACCCCGACGAGCCCGGCGUGCGGCUGGCCAGCGGCCAGCGGUGGCUGCACAACUGCCAGCAGUGCGAGUGCCUGCGCGGGGAGCUGGACUGCUGGCCCGUCGAGUGCCCGCCCCUGCGCUGCGCCGCCCACUCGCUGCGGCCGGGCGAGUGCUGCCCGCGCUGCGACGACGAGGACCACGAGGAGUGCGCCGGCGCCGCCAACUCCAGCGGCCACCGCGGGUGCACCCACAUGGGCCGCACGUACCGCGCCGGCGAGCUGGUUCCGCUCGACCCCUGCGCCAGCUGCAAGUGCGCGGUCCCCGAGCUCUUGGUGAGCAAUGCGGGCUUUAGUUCGCUCCGGACGGCCACCUCUGCUGCCUGUACUCUGCUGACUGCCUUGGUCGCGAUGGCCCCAGCGUUUCCCAGCUGAGGGUUUCCGGCCCACCGACGCACCACCUUCCCUGAUGCGAGGGGAGCACCUUGUACAGCGUUAAUUUAUUAACUCCCUGAACGUGUAACUUAUUGAUCCCUUCAAGAGAACUCACACAACCACAAACACUCUAUGCCCGGGAGGCGCACACAUUCCACCGGAUCUCAGCGACAUUCCUCGCGCGCGCCUGGCAUUGUUAGCAACGAAGCCAAAGAACUGUUGAAACCACGCGCAAGAGAUAGGUCUAUUAUAUUAUACAUAUUAUAUAUAAAAAUAUAUAUAUUAUAAAUAUAUAUAUAUACUAUUAUGAAAGGUAUACACACACUCGCGUGUGUGCUUGAGAGAGAGAUAACUAGAGCGCAUAUGUUAAUGCGCGAUGCAAUGUACAUUCUACUCCUCCGGGUUUUCCGCGCCCGCGAGAGUUAAGCGAGGCCUUAGCGUGACCGCAGGCACGUUGCGUGUGUUUUGUGUUUCGUGUGCGUGUGUGCGUGUAUGCGUGUGUGUAAAUAGGUUUUCUAGUCUCGUCGACAGCGAAACCCCCUCGGACGAGAGACCUGCCAGCGAAUACCUCAGAGCCGCCUCCGCUGCCGCCUCCGAUGUGGGAGAGCGGGGGGCGUCCGCUCCCUUGCCCAUCCGCCCGCACGAACCCCCCUUCUAGGUGCUUUUUGUACACACAAGCUUCGUUUUUAUAAUAUACAUACUAUACAUGUAUAGGCGCCUGACCCGCCCUCCUUCUGUAGAAUUUUUUUUUUUAUUAGGCGGCACCCGAUACGACGGGGACCUGCAAUAGCGCCUGCGAACUGGCACCCACCCACCCUGCCCAGUCUGGGUACGCAGAGCCCGGCACAGGCUUUAACACACACACAAACCAACCCCAGUUUCGUUCUUUUUUUUUUCCUAGUCGUUUUUUUCGCCUCACCCCGUCCCUCCCUUUUUAUUUAAAUAAAACCCUGGUUGAACGCCA